AUGACGUGAGUCAGCAGUUUCGCUCUCGAUUUCUCUUCAUAUUUUGACCACAGUUUAUUUACCAGUCCAUGGAUUCAGAGAGACCGAGCUGCUGGAGUCUUUUCCGCUGUGAACAUGUUGUGUUAUUGGGGAGCGCAGGUGCGAGAGGGAUUCGGUCUGCCUGAUAAAGUCAGUCAUGGGAAAGGCGGUAUUAAAUCCGUCUGUCCAAAAUCAGCUGUUCAGGACAUGUCAGCUGGGAAGAGUUUCGUUGGAUUCAUCCGGGAUGGGAAAGUGUCGGUCCUGAGACUGCGCGAUGAAGACAGUGACCAAGAUGGAGAACUAAAGCAACUGGAGCUAAAGAAGGACAGAAUCAGAUUGAUUGUCUGUGGAGAAGAUGGUGCGGUUCUUCUUGCUUAUGGAGGAAAAGUUCUUGCUAUGGACAAAUCUACUGUUUGCAGGACGAUUGUGGACAACAGGCAGGUGAUUCAGAUUGCAUGUGGAGACCAGCAUUCAAUGGCACUAACCAAUGAUGGUCAGUUGUUCGUAUGGGGUGAAAACGCUCAUGGUCAGCUGGGUAUGAGGAAAGAGCAGGCCGGCACUCAGUCUCCUCAACACCUCCAGAGUCUGUGUGGGAUCCCAGUGGCUCAGAUCAGCGCUGGAGGAAACCACAGCUUUGUGUUGUCUCUGUCAGGAGUCGUGUUUGGGUGGGGAAGCAACUCUGCUGGACAGCUGGGUCUUGGAGACACUACAGAUAGAUUCGUUCCUACAACUGUAAAAAGCCUGAAUGGAAAGAAAACGGUGUCCAUAUCGUGUGGAGGAGAACAUACUGCCACUCUGUCAAAGGGAGGCACAGUGUUCACAUUCGGAUCAGGUGGUUUCGGUCAGCUUGGGCACAACUCAUUUAAAGAUGAACAUCAUCCGCGUCUGGUUGCUGAACUGUGGGGAUCCAAAGUGUCGAAGGUCACAUGUGGGAGACAUCACACACUUGUAUUAGUGGCGUCAACAAAUCGGAUCUACUCGUUUGGAUGUGGGAUGCAAGGACAACUGGGAACUAAAAAAUUAAUCAACCAGUCUUUGCCAUUCCCUGUGUGUCUGCCAACUGAAUGUAAUCAGACAUGCAGAAUUGAAAAACUCAUCGCUGGGGAGAAUCAUUCCUUUGUGCUUCUUUUCAAGGAUCAUGGCAAUCAGUCCAAACCAAAUCCUAGCAGAGGGAUUUUGACAUUAGAUGACAGAAUGAUUAAGCGAUGGGUGUCUGGAACUGACCCGUGGAAAGUGAUAAAGAAGGACAUAAAUAAAGUGUUCUCCUCUGCUGCCUCACUGAAUGGAAGUUUUCUCAAAACAAGCUGUGAUGAACAUUAUCAGACAUCUGUGGAGCAGUGCGGUUUGGAUUUUGAUCUGGUCAAAACAUCCUUCGCAAAGUUAUCAACAAAUGAAACAGUCAUCUUAGAGGCAGUGAAGGUGGUUCAGCGUGCACUGCUGUCUCUGAAUCCAAUCCCAGCAGGUGCGGAAGCUCUGAGAAUUUAUCUUCUCCUCCCUGAGCUCAUCAACUGUCUCCAGAAGCCACAAAUUGAACUCACUGAAGCUCUGGCCUCUAAAAUCCUGGAUCUGAAUCCUGCUGUUUGUUAUGUGUUAGAGAUGUACUGGUCCAAACUUCCCGAUGUCUGGCUGAAAACGUUGGUGGAUAUAUUUAAAAAAGCAUCUGGUGACUUAAUUAGCAGCAUUGCUUCUGUCAGUAGGAGCCAACACAUAGCUCGCCUGCCACAAUUUGUGAUGAUUCUUCAGAUGCUCUAUAAGGUGUGCUGCAACGCCAACAGAAACAUCACAAAGAGUGAUUUCAUCAUUCAUGAGAUCAAUUUCCUGCUUGAUGUGCUGCAAACCACCUAUUAUGAUAUGAACAACAACUGGCUGAAGUUGAACUUGACUGAUCAGAUCAAUCCAAUACUGGCACAGCAAAUGUACUAUCAAGCAACUUUACACAAUCUAAUAUCACUUCCAUGCAUCUUUAACCUGGAGGCCAAAUGUAGCUUUAUGAAGAACAGAGUGCUGCUGCGUUCCCUUGAACUGGUGCUGAGACGCACAGCUCUGCUUGAGGAUUGCUUUCAUCAAUUGAGAGAUGUCAGCAAGCAACAUCAUCAUCUCGGAGGAUGCAGGCUGUCGGUGUUUUACACAGAGGAUUUGAAAAGAACAGAUGUCAACAAGAGGGAUUUUUUCCUCAACGUGUUUAAAGAGCUCUGUAUGCCAGACUUCCAGCUGCUCAUGUACAACGACAGCCAAACUUUGAGCUGGUUUCCGUCAAAACUCACUGUGGAGAAGGAGAACUACUUCCUGUUUGGAAUUCUGUGUGGCCUGGCCUUCAACAACUGCUCUGUAGUGAAUCUGCCCUUUCCAUUAGCCCUGUUCAAGAAACUUCUCAACGUCAAACCUUCUCUCGAGGACUUGGCAGAGUUUGAUCCGGGUCUUGGCAGGAGUUUGCAGUACAUCCUCAGCUACAGUGACGACGUCGAGGAAUUGGAUACAUACUUCACGAUUGCAUGGGAUGGAGCAGAAGUGGAACUGGAUCCUGUUGACCCAGGAAAACAAGUCACAAAUUCUAACAGAUCAAAAUUUGUGGACAAGUAUGUUGAUCACAUCUUUAAUAAAUCGGUGGAGGAGGUGUUUGAAGAAUUCAGGAGAGGCUUCUUUACAGGAUGUGAGAAACACUUGGUGGAGAUGUUUGAACCCGAGGAGCUGAGGGGAGUGAUGGUGGGCAAUGAGGAAUAUGACUGGAAUAUACUCAAACAGAAUGCCAAAUAUGAAGGAUCGUUUUACGUUGAGCAUCCAACCAUCAUCUCUUUCUGGGAGGUGUUUGACAAACUAACGGCAAAUCAGAAGAAGGCCUUUCUUUUGUUUUUAACAGGGUUUGAUCGAGUUCCCAUCCUGGGCAUGAGUGCGGUGAAAAUGAGAGUGACACACUUGGCCAACUCAACCGAGGAUCAUCUGCCAGAGGCUCUCACCUGCUAUGCUCUUCUGCAGCUUCCUGAAUAUAAGAAAAAGAAAACACUCAGAGCCAAAGUUAUUAAGGCCAUCAGCCACAAGAGGGGGUUCUGGGAGGAAUGAGCUGUAUGCUGGACACUCUGAGCUCAUCUGAGGCAUUUUCUUUGACAGUAAAAAGGACUUUCCUAAUAUAUAAGGGUAUAUAUUAUGUAUAUAUGUGGUUAGAAAGAGUAUAUGUGGUUGUAUAAUCUUUUUCGAAGGCUGUAAUGUUUGA